CUGGUAUUUUGUGGUCCUCAUUCGUUGUGGCCUUUUGUUCCCAGCUUGGUAUCCACCUGCGCUCAUAGCAAUUAUCUUGCAAAGACAGUUCUAGUCGCUGCGCAUCAUCGACUCUUAUCUAGAACCUCCUUAAAUGUCGGAACACACAGAGUUAUCCCAACCGACAAAGUCUUUGGAAAGCUUACAGACCGAUGGAAAUCUGCAUGACACGCCAGAGACUUGGAUUCAUGAAAAAGAUGCCAAAUGUACCUCAUCUACCGGGAGCAUUGAUGAAGGGAAAACUGAAUCAACUCCAACCAUUCAGACGGCUGUCGAGAGUACAGCUUCGAAAAAGCCACAGCAUGACGCCAAUAAGGCACUUCUGCGAGAUGCAUCACCACUGUUGUCGGCCAGCGAAAUUACAGAUAUCGCCGUGAGGCUAUUCAAUGAGAAGUUCGUGCUGAUCAGCCCAGAAGAGUACACGCAGUUCUUGGCGGCUCAGGAUCCGGAUAGUACCGCGAUAAGAGAAUGCUAUAUGGGCUUGUUUGAUUGGGAUGCAAGCUUAGUUAAGGCCACCCGAAAGUUAUGUCUGAAGCUCUACUUAAAAGGUGAAUCCCAGGAGAUAGACCGUCUUCUCUCCGCAUUCACCAAAUCCUAUCUCAAGCUACAUCCAGUGAACGUGUUCUGCACGCAAGACUUUGAGCAGAUCUACAUCGUGCUAUACAGCUUGAUCUUGCUUAAUACGUCCUUGCACAACUCUGAGGUGGGCAAGAAAUCCAAGCUCUCGCAGGCAGAUUACAUUCGGAAUACACUCACGACGUUUCUCCUGCAGAACAAGAAGGCAUCGCGGGCCUUGUCUGUGAAGCAAAAAAUCCAGAUAGAAUGUGAGCUCAACACUUACUACGAAGACUUGUCGAAGAGAGAGCUUUACUUGAAGAAAGGAGAAAGGCCCGAGAAGCCCAUGGCAGACGCAAGCACCAACAGGUACUCUGUUGCCGAGACCAUCCUCUCUUCUGUUUCUAGCAACCACAGUGAACACGCUUACGAGACAGCCACUUCAUCGGCGUUUGCCAAUGGAGCAGUCGAGAUGGUCAACUUGUCUCGACAGCCUUCCAACGUCUCCACCUGGUCAGUGGACUUUGACGGCAAGCAGCGCCCGUCUUUGGCAAUGAAGCGCAUUUCAUCAGCCAUUUCCACAGGAUCUUCGAGCUCAACCGUCAUGACCAACACCCAUGUCAAUGGCCAUAGUCCUGGCAACGCUUCCCGUUUUGGUUUCUCGCGUGCCCUCUUGUCUGAAAACGCGAACAAUAAAAGUGUGCAUUCGUUGCGUAACUACAAAUCAAGAGAAAAGUUGAGGCACUCUUCGCGGGUCUCCAUCAGCACCAAGGACACUGGCUUGACCCACAAAUACUCCCCAGAUGACGCUUUUUCCAUGAUUUCGUUCGGAGACAUGCCCCAUCUUAAUCUUGGGCACGAGCCGGAACCAGACCAGUGCAAAGUGGAAGAUUUUGAUAUCGCAGGCUUCCAGGAUCCCUUGGACUUGAAACUAGAAUUACAGGGUGCGCCUUACCUCAAGGAGGGUUUGCUCAAAUUGAAGAUAUUGAAUAAUGACAUGGCUGACCUGGCCAGUCCGGGAGAAGUGAAUACGUCCCCGGAAUCUCUGGCUUUAUCGAUAAUAGCUGCAAAAAGUGGGUUCUUCUCCUUCUUUCUGCGGGAUAAAGGCAAAGACACUGCUACAGCGGCCACCCUCGGAACAAGCAACAACCCUGUCUUCAGCCACAAGUUUACAGAGUAUUUUGUUGUGGUGUCUAAAGGAGAGUUACGUCUUUACUCGUUUGACCCAAAAGUAGUUAAGAAACAACAAGAUAAAUUGAAAAAGGUGGAACGAAAGCAUGCGUUUUAUGAGUUUGAUAAGGCGGCUGGCGAGGAAGAUGACGACGUCGGAGACGGCAAUUGGCUCAACAAUGCUGCUCACAUUGGAAACUACAACCUAUGCUCGACCUAUGCUCAGCUCGAAAGAAGCAUUCCUGGCCACCAAACUUCCUCAACUUCCUCGCAAAAAGUCAUUUUUUCUUUGUCCUUUCCAAGAGUUUCGAAGAGGCUUCCCAAAAAGUUUUUAUUUGAAGCGGGGACAACGGAGGUAGCGAACGAGUUUAUCAACACUUGCAACUUUUGGGCGUCCAAGCUCACCGCAGUCCCAACUCUUGAGGAGAGUAUGUCCUCAAUAGAAUAUGGGUGGACCAACCUCGAUGCCUUGAUUCUGAUUGGCGAGGCAUUCAAGAAAACAAAAUUGAUAUCGAAAUGGGAAGCACUCCCAAAAGGAGUAUAUCUCAGCAACUUGAGCAGUUUGGAAUCAAACAUAGGCUCCAGCUACGCAAACCACGAAGGUAUGCUGAGACAAUUUGCCCAGACAUUGAAGUACUACAACAACUUGAAAACAUUGUUUAAUGAUUUCAACCGACAAAAGUAUCACUUCAUGAAGCAAUUCCGCAAAUAUUCAAACACCUCCAACUACAAACUCGUCAUGUCCAACUACGAAAACCGAGCCCAGGAAUACAAGGCUGAAUUCAGCAAGUACAAGACCUACAUUACAAUGCUCGGGUACGGCUUGAAAAUGCGCUUUGAUCUCGAACAGCAGGAACAAAUGAUAGAUUGGGCCGAGGAGAUUCUGGGCUUGCCAGAAAUGGAGACGCCAGAGGCAAUUGCCAUCGAGAUCGCUAAGCGCAGAGAGGAGGCCGCGGAGUACGAGUCCGAAGUGACCAAAGCAGUCAAGGCCGAGUUGGAAAGACUCAUGGAUUCACCUGCUUUAAUGAAGAAACUAAUCGACGACAAGAUCCACCCUGGAAUGCCUGGGAGCAGCGGCUCACAACAGAGCAUGAACAAUUCGGUCAAUCGUUCCGAAGAGAACACAACAAACCCGUCGUUGGUGAAAUCUCCCAAAGCCUUUAGCUUGGCUCAUUUCGAGUACCCUCCGAACAGUCCAGUGAGCCAGUUACUUUCGGCAGAUAGAUCUACUUUUUCCAGUGAAAAUGGAGAGCAGCAGAAUCUCAACUUAAAAGAAAUGACCAAGAGCUUUAGUACGAACACCAUUGAAGAGGAGGAUGAGACUGAAGAAGCUGAGAGCAUGUCAAAGACCAAACAGUGAUUUUCAACUCGACGACUACUGCAAACGGCGAGGGCUUCUCAGGCCACAUAAUGCGUAUAUCUAUUAAUUACAUGACUACCAUAGCAGGGCGACCACAGCAGACUUAGUAGCCGGCAGGAAAAAGCGGCAUAGAAAAAGAGAAGAUUGAAUGGCACGCGCAACAUGAGGAUCAAUUCGUGUAUUGCAGCCGCGUGAACCACACGUCACGUGACCAGCGAACCCACUAUGAGAAAUCCGCCACUCGCUGAAGCGCUCGGACAUAGAGCACAAGCCAACUAUCCCACAGAGUCCCAAUCUAUUGGCAUCACUUUUAAUUUCAAUUGUCCUUACUACUGCAUCAUCAGAAUACCAGACACACAUACUCACACUUCUCCAUGUCUGACCCAAG